AAACCACACGAGACUUACUAAAACAAUCAUGAAACAUGAUGAAAUGGUUUACUAGAAUCAUUUGUCAAGAAUAUUGUCAGACUCUGUCUCGUGUUUUGCUGUGUGCUCAGUUCUCCCUCGUGUUUCCUUAUGCCCAUAUUUGGUUCUGUUUCCUGUUCUCGUUGUCUUAUUAUUAGUUGAUUCCCCGCACCUGUCUGUCCCUCGUUAAGUUCAGUAUAAAUGUGUAGUCUGCCUCAUGUUUCCUUGUUGAGUCAUAAAUGUCACCCCAUGUGUGUACUCCUGCGCUCCCUAUGUUGUGUUCCUCUCCUUUGGUUUGUUUAAUUAAAGUCAAGUUGUGUAGUUAUCUGAAGUCAUGAAGACUGAGGAAUUCAUCUUUAGUUUCCAGCAGGAGGAGCGAUUGUUCGAGCAGCAUGUGGAGGAGUUCCUGAGAGUUUUACAUCUGUACUCUAUUUGUAAAGAACCUCUGAUAGAGCUGUCAAACCCCGGAGCGAGUAGUUCAUGGUUUUACUUAACCAGUGAUGACGAGUUUAUCAUAAAGACCGUGCAGAACAAAGAAGCUGAAUUUCUGCAGAAGCUGCUUCCAGGUUACUACAUGAAUCUGAAUCAGAACCCGAGGACCCUCUUACCGAAGUUUUACGGGCUGUACUGUAUUCAGUGUGGUGGUGUUAAUAUCCGAUUGGUGGUGAUGAACAACAUUCUGCCUCGCUCUUUGAAAAUGCACUACAAAUAUGACUUAAAGGGCUCUACUUACAAACGCAGAGCGUCACGGAAGGAGUGCGUCAAACCCUCCCCGACCUUUAAAGACCUGGACUUCCAGGAGAUACACGAAGGUCUUUACUUUGAUGCAGACACAUACAGCGCCUUGAUGAAGACACUUCAGAGAGACUGUCGGGUGCUGGAAAGCUUUAAAAUCAUGGACUACAGUUUGCUGCUGGGCAUCCAUGUUCUGGACAGGAAGCUGAGGGGGAGAGGUGGGAUAGGGGACAGUAAGCGCCAGGGUGGGCAGAAGGUCCUGUACUCCACAGCCCGCGAGUCCAUUCAAGGAGACGGCAAAGCAGGCGAGCUUCCUCCUGAUGCCGAUGACGACACAUUGGGUGGCAUCCCUGCUAAACACAAAGAUGAGAAGUUGCUGAUCUUUCUGGGAAUCAUUGAUAUCCUGCAGUCCUAUAGAUUUAUAAAGAAGGUUGAGCACUCAUGGAAGGCUCUUGUGCAUGAUGGCGACACAGUAUCUGUUCAUAGACCAAAUUUCUAUGCUGACAGAUUCCUGAAGUUCAUGGGCACCACAGUAUUUAAAAAGAUUCAGCCUCUCCGUGGUGCAUCCUCGAGAAGGAAGAAGAACUCUAUACAGCCGUGUAGGUCGGCCUCACAGGAAGUCCUGUCGACUUUAAACGAAGAGAGUCAAGAAGAAAGGAGGGCACAAAGCCUCGAAAACCUCGAUGAUACAGAAACACGCUCCUCUCAGAAACCUGAUGUAAUUCCCAGCUCCACCAGACUCAACCCAGCGAUUUCAGCCGCCACUAUGUCUUCUGCUUCCUCUCUAGAUGAUGUGAAGACUGAACCGCUAACAGAUUCAGAGAACAGAGAUGAUUAUAGGACGUCCAGCUCGACUCUUGCAUUAGAGGACAGCACUCUUCCUGCUUCAAACUCACAGGCGAGCACACCCGAGUCCGGUCUGGACAUCUACUUGUGAUGCAUGAGGCCUUCUGAAGUGGACCAAAUCAUCCAAACAUCUACAAGACUGAGAAACAGUGGACAUGCUGUCAACAUUUUGCACAACGGAUAUCUCUAGCUGCUAAUUCACAUGGACUGAGAAAGGCCUUAUGUUUGAAAGAGUGGCAGAGCGAUUGCCACACUAUAGUACUGCAGUGCCUUACACUGUCUGUGCACUUUGUACCCACUUGCAAGCACAAGGUUGUUGUAUAAUAAUAGUUACACUCCCUGCUGUAACGCACUGGUUGGUAUGCAUGUUAAAGGCGUGAUACCUGAUUAAAGCAUGUGUCAUACAGAGAAAUAGGUUUAUUAUAUAAUAAUCCUGGUAUAAUUAUGUUCUGAGCACUCCUGACUUGUAUUGUGUAAGUAAUGAUUUCAUUUAAUCUGAUCAUUACAGUACAGUAACUAGUACCAAACAUUAGUUACAUUGUCACUAGUGAGCAUGGAUUGAAUAUUAUGUUUGGUCAUGUGAUUUUGACGCACGAUGUGGGGGGGGGGAUUAUUAUGGUUAAUGUUACUUCGUG